UUGUUUGGGCAGUCUGCGGGGAGAGGAGAGCUGUAGCUGGGUCAGUUGAUGUUGCCGCUGCUGGGCCGCAGGGUUCCGCUGUCAUUCGUACACAGACUCACUACCUGCUGUCCGCCCUCACUGUCUCGGCCCGUUCUGCUCUGCUCGGUCCUAAUAAAGCUCAGACCGGUAACCAGAGUCACACACAGCACCGUCUUCGUUGGCCAAAAUACAGGAACCAUGCCCGAAAGGAGGCCCUUCGUACGGCUACCGACUGACGUUUACCCCGUCAACUACGGCUUGUGUCUGAAGCCCGACCUCAUCGACUUCACGUUUGAAGGCAAGCUGGAGGCGCUGGUGGAGGUUACACAAGCCACAAAUCAGAUUGUGAUGAACUGCGCUGACAUCGACAUCAUCACAGCUUCCUUUGCACCACAGGGAGGAGAAGAAAUUAAUGCCACAGGAUUCAACUAUCAAAAUGAGGAUGAGAAAGUCACCCUGUCAUUUCCUAGCGCUCUACAGAAAGGCUCCGGGACGUUGAAGAUAGACUUUGUCGGGGAGCUGAACGACAAAAUGAAGGGAUUCUAUAGAAGUAAAUACACAACCGCUGCUGGAGAGAUCCGCUACGCUGCUGUCACACAGUUCGAGGCCACGGACGCUCGCAGAGCUUUCCCCUGUUGGGAUGAGCCAGCUAUCAAAGCCACCUUUGACAUCGCUCUGAUAGUUCCCAAGGACCGAGUAGCCUUGUCAAAUAUGAAUGUCAUUGAUCGAAAGCCAUAUCCGGAGGAUGAAAACUUGGUGGAAGUGAAGUUUGCCACCACGCCCAUCAUGUCCACGUACCUUGUAGCUUUUGUCAUCGGUGAAUAUGAUUAUGUGGAGGGCCAGUCAUCAGAUGGCGUAACGGUACGCGUCUACACGCCCGUCGGGAAGGCAGAACAAGGGAAAUUUGCACUGGAGGUUGCGACUCAGACCUUACCUUUCUACAAAGACUACUUCAGCGUUCCUUAUCCAUUGCCUAAAAUCGAUCUCAUAGCUAUUGCUGAUUUUGCUGCUGGUGCCAUGGAAAACUGGGGCCUUGUUACCUACAGGGAGACAGCUCUGCUCAUCGACCCGAAGAACUCCUGCUCGUCCUCCAGGCAGUGGGUGGCGCUGGUGGUCGGACAUGAACUCGCCCACCAGUGGUUCGGAAACUUGGUCACCAUGGAAUGGUGGACCCAUCUGUGGCUUAAUGAGGGAUUUGCAUCCUGGAUCGAGUAUCUGUGUGUGGACCACUGCUUCCCAGAGUACGACAUCUGGACCCAGUUUGUCUCGGCUGACUACACCCGCGCUCUGGACCUGGACGCACUGGACAGCAGCCAUCCCAUAGAGGUGAACGUGGGCCAUCCAUCAGAGGUAGACGAAAUCUUCGACGCCAUUUCCUACAGCAAAGGAGCAUCUGUGAUCCGCAUGUUGCACAACUACACAGGAGACGAGGACUUUAGGAAAGGAAUGAACGCCUAUCUUUUGAAGUUCCAACAUAAAAAUGCUUCGACAGAGGACCUAUGGGACUGUCUGGAACAGGCCAGUGGAAAACCCAUCGCUGCAGUGAUGAGCUCGUGGACCAAGCAGAUGGGCUUCCCCAUUAUAGUAGUGGACCAGGAGCAGCAAGGUGACGACCGCAUCCUCAAGAUCUCUCAGAAGAAGUUCUGUGCCAGUGGACCACACAACGGUGAGGAUUGCCCCAGCUGGAUGGUCCCCAUUAGUAUUUGUACCAGCGAGGACCCCAAAUGCACCAAGCUCAAGGUUCUGCUGGACAGACCCGAGACGACCAUCACCCUGAGCGGCGUGGCCCCUGACCAGUGGAUCAAGAUCAACCCCGGCACCGUGGGCUUCUAUCGCAUCCAGUACAGCUCGUCCAUGUUGGAGAGUCUGCUGCCGGGCAUCAGAGACCUCACCCUGCAGCCUGUGGACCGACUCGGCCUGCAGAACGACCUAUUCUCCCUGUCUCGUGCGGGGAUGAUCAGCACGGUGGAGGUGCUGAAGCUGAUGGAGGCGUUCGUCAACGAGCCAAACUACACGGUGUGGAGCGACCUCAGCUGCAACCUGGGAGUGCUGUCCUCGCUGCUGUCCCACACCGACUUCCACGAGGAGAUCCAGGAGUUCAUCCGGGACCUCUUCACCCCCAUCGGCCUGGAGCUCGGCUGGGACUGCAAACCGGGGGAAGGCCACCUGGACGCCCUGCUGAGAGGUUUGGUUCUGGGGAAGCUGGGAAAAGCAGGACACAAACCCACACUGGAAGAAGCCCGGCGGAGAUUCAAGGACCACGUGGAGGGCAAACAGGUCCUGCCCGCAGACCUCCGGAGCCCGGUGUAUUUAACGGUUCUGAAGCAUGGAGACAGUGCCACAUUGGACACGAUGAUGAAGCUCCACAAACAGGCCGACAUGCAGGAGGAGAAGAACCGCAUCGAGCGAGUGCUGGGCGCCAUCUCCGCCCCCGACCUCAUCCAGAAAGUCCUCAGCUUCGCGCUCUCGGAAGAGGUUCGUCCCCAGGACACGGUGUCAGUAAUCGGGGGCGUGGCAGGAAGCAGUAAACAAGGCCGGAAAGCUGCCUGGAAGUUUGUGAAGGACAACUGGGAGGAACUUUACAACCGCUACCAGGGCGGCUUCCUCAUAUCACGGCUCAUCAAGCUCACGGUUGAUGGAUUUGCGAUCGACAAAAUGGCUGCUGAAGUGAAGGUGAGAGCGCUUCGCCUGAAUUCUGCAGAAUCAUUUCUUGUUUCUGAAGGUUUAUUCGUGGUGGAGUUUUUAUUUAUUUAUUUUUUUUAGGGGAAAAAAAGUCAA